GGCUUCAUCUGAAUUAAUUCAUGCUUGUUACUUGAUGCUUUAACAACACGCUCUUGAUCACUUAAUGCUGUCUUGGUUAGCAUUAUGAAAAAGCCUGAUUAUAAAUAGCUGUGACCUGAAGAGCUUCUCGGCCUCAAAUGCAUGAGACUCCAGAUGAGCGCGUGAAGUGUGUGCAUGGGACGGGAGGAAGAACCUGCUGAAGAGUCAGAAUUCAGCACAACACUGAACCCGGUGACGGUGAAAACACAUCCACAAUGGAUGCAGUCACAUCAUAUGCAGCGAAAGAGUUCGACCUACAAAGGCGAAGGCGGCGAAGUCUAAGUGAUCCUCCUAAGUUAAGUGAUCUGAGGAUUGUUCUUCUGGGGAAAAAUCUAUCAGAAACCAGCAGAGUCAGAAACCUAAUCCUGGGACUAGAUCUGCAUGAGAAUGAAGAACCUACAGCUUUAGAGCAGAUCACUGUGACGAAAAUCGGUGGAAUAGUGAAGGACAGACACGUCACAGUCAUUAAUGCUCUUCAUCUGGUGGAUCCUAACCUCUCAGACCAUCACAUCACACAGACAGUGAGAGACUGUGUGAAUCACUCUGAUCCUGGACCUCAUGCAUUCAUACUCAUAUUGCAGUAUAAAGACUUCACUGAGGAGGACAUGAGAAUAGUUAAAUAUGUGCUGAACGAAUUCAGUGAGGAUGCGAUUAGACGCGCCAUUGUUCUCACGACUGAUAAAGACACAUACAGAUCAAUAUUUAGUUCCAUAAUAAGCCAUCCUGAACAGUUGCUUGUAGGCAAUGCUCUGGAGACAACUAUUCAUCAGUUAAUAAAGGAGUGUGGAGGAGGACAUCUUCAGCUGGAUGAAAUAAAACCAGAAUUGCAAGCAGACAUAUUUAAAAGGGUUGAUAAGAUACUCAAGGAAAACAAUGACGAAUAUCUCACAUGUGACAUAUUUCAUGAUGUUAUUGGAACGUCUGUGGAUGAAGAGCAGCUCAAUUCAGAGGAAGAGAACAAGAAGAGCUCUCACCACAAUAAUGAUGGAAAAACCAAAGAGAGACAGAAAAGGAGAAGUGAUGAAGGAAGACUCUUUUCCAAUUUAAGAAAGAAAAGUCCAGAUAAUCAUAUUCGUCCCAACAUGUCAGCAAAUUCAUCUAGAAAACAGAAGCUGAACCUGGUUCUGUGUGGAAGUAAUCCAACAUUUAAAGUCUUUGUGUCCAAAUUUUUACGAGGGAAGAAGAUAAAACCUCCAGAUCAGAAAGCAAGUGGAGAAGAGUGUGUGAAGAAAGAGGAGAAGACACAUGGUCGUCAGAUCAGUCUGGUGGAGCUUCCAGUUCUCACUCGGCUCUCAGAGGAGGAAGUGAUGCAUCAGACUCUCAGCUGUGUGUCUCUCUGUCAUCCUGGAGUUCAUGUUUUCAUCAUUGUCAUUCCUGUUGGCCCACUGACUGAUGAAGACAAAGCAGAAAUAGAGAAGAUCCAGAAGAUGUUUUACUCCAAACAGCAUUUCAUGCUGCUUUUCACAUCAGAGUUCAGUGCUGAAGGACUUGCGUUAGACUUUGUCAAAUCCAGCCCAGAAUCUCAGAGGUUAAUCAGUCGCUGUGGAGGUCAGUACAGAGUCAUGGGGUUUAAGGAACCUGAAAACUCAAGACACAUCCCAGAACUACUGGAUUAUAUAGAGAACAUGAAGACUGAACCGUAUUCACUACAGACGUAUGUGAAAGCUCAGGAGAACAGAGUCAGACAUGAACUAGAGGAAGAACUGAGUGAAAUGAAGAGUAAAAUCAAAGAGUUAGAGCAGAAAAUUCAGUUAGAAGGUGCUGAAGUUGAAGCAGACGAUCAGGAGUGUUUAAGGAUUGUGCUGAUCGGGAGGACAGGAAGUGGGAAGAGUGCAACAGGAAACACUAUUCUGGGAAGAAAUCAGUUUCACAGCCAAUUAAGACCAGAUUCAGUGACGACAGUUUGUGAGAAGGGGUUUGGUCAGACUGAUGGUCGAUCAGUAGCUGUUGUCGAUACUCCAGGUCUCUUCGACACGACACUGUCAAAUGAUCAAGUUUUGGAAGAAAUAGUGAAAUGCAUUUCGAUGUCGUCACCUGGACCUCACGUGUUUGUCAUUGUGUUGAGUUUGGGAAGAUUCACCAAAGAGUCAAUGGACACUAUGGAUCUGAUAAAGCAGAUCUUUGGUCAUAAAGCUGCUCAGUUCAGCAUCGUUCUGUUCACCAGAGGAGAUGAACUAAAUGAAUCCAUACAAGAUUAUGUGAAUAAUUAUAAUUGUGCUGAACUCAAGAAACUGAUCAGAGAUUGUGGGAACAGAUUCCUGGUUUUCAAUAAUAGAGAAAAACAAGACAAAACUCAAGUGAUUCAACUUUUAAACAUGAUAGAAGAGGUGAAAAAUACAAAUGAGGGUCGAUAUUUCACCAACUGCAUGUUUGAGGAUUCUGAGAUGUCCAUUAAAAGGAGAAUGGAGCAAAUACUGAAAGAAAGAGAAAGAGAGAUUCAGGCACAAAAUGAGGCAUUAAAAGCCAAAUAUGAGCUGGAAAAGGAAAACCUGAUGAAGAGACUCGAGGAGGAGAAACAGAGAGCAGAUGAAGAGAGAAUGAAAAUGGAGAAUCAACUAAAAGAAAAAGAGGAAAAACUCAGAAAAGAGUUUGAAGAGAAAGAGAUAAUGGAACAGAAGAAACGAGAGAUUGAAAACCAGAAACGAUCAGAAGAGGAAAAAAAAAACACAAACGAAUACCAAAAAAAAAUAAAAAAAAAAAAAAUGAAGAGAGAGACUGAAAACCAGAGAUCACAGUAUGAAAAACAGCAAAAAGAAAGAGAAGAAGAAGAUAGAAAGAGGGAAGAAAAAUACAGACAAGAUCAAGAAAUGAUGAAAAAUGAGCAAAAACGUAUUACUGCAGAAUUACAGAUGAAGCAAGAAGAGGAAAUAAAAAAGAGAGAUUUGGAGGAGAAAAGGAGGAAUGAAGAAGAAGAGAAAGAGAGACGAGAAUGGGUGAGAAAAAUAAAAGAGGCUGAAAACGACAGAAAAGAGAUUCAAGAGGAAAUUAAACGACAGCAGAGAGAAUGGGAGGAUGAAAAGAAACGACAGAUGAGAGAACGAGAAGAAGAGGAAAGAAAGAGAAAAGAGAAACACGAGGAACAACUGAGAGAAAAACAAGAAGAACUGGAGAAAAUGCGAAAGAAAUUUGAAAGAGAGAGAGAAGAAGAACGACAGAAGAUAGAGGAGGAGAGACAGAAACAGAGAAGAGAAAGGGAAGAAAAGGAGAGAGAAUAUAAAGACAAGAAAACUGAAAUGGACAGACAUUAUGAAAGACUGGAACGAGAGAGAAAAGAGGAGUGGGAGAGAAGAAAACGAGAAGAUGAUGAGAGACGAGAGGAAGAGAGGAAGAGGUGGGAGAAAAUGCAUCAUGAUCUGAAACGAGAGCAAGAAGACGAGAUCAAGAGAAGAGAAAAGGAGGAGAAGGAGAGAAAAGAAAGAGAAGAGAAAGUGCAAGACGGAAUAAAAAAGGAAUAUGAAAAGAAAAUAAAAGUCAUAAAGAAGAAACAUGAGGACGAAGCCAGAAAACAAGCAGAAGCACUGAAUGAUUUCAGAGAGGGAAAAGAGCAGCACAUUCAGGAGCUCCAAAAGAUGCUGGAAGAACGUCAGAAACAACAGGAAUUACUGGAAAAACUCUAUCAGCACCUGCAGGAGCAGAAAGGAGCUGAAAUAAAGGAGCUGCAACAAGAAGUUGAAAAACUGAAAAUUAAAGCAAGCGGCUGUGUCAUUCUGUGAUUGUUUUCAAGGAAUAAAUACGAGUGUCAAAUAACAAGAUGAAUGCCUUAUGUAUCAUUUUCUGUUUCAUGCAUACU